AAGACAUGGCGGGAAAGCUGCUUUUUAGAGCUCUUCUAUGCGUCGCUUGUUUCUCUGUGCUAAAAUGCAACUGCUGGGGAUGUGGAAGAAGGGCCGCCAGCAUCAGAAAGUUAUUUUCUACGAACGAACCAAUAUGGAUAUACAGCACCUCUGGGCCCACCCAAUUAAGGUGUUUAGUGGACGUGGUGGAUAUAAAGGAAGGAAUGUCCGUAAACUUCACACGAUCAUGCUACAAUCGCGGCCACAAGUUAUCUAGGUCAUUUCAAGGAAUAUUUGAUGAGCACCGAAAAAAGUACAUGGAGGUGGAAACUUCAGAUUCUGCAUUCAAGUUUCACGAGGAUCUGCUCUUUAUGAGCGAUGACAACAGCUGUGCAGUGGUUAUGAGCACAACGAAUGUUUGCGGCAGACUUCGCAGAUACGACCUGAGAAUUAGGAAUGCCUUCAUCACAAAGCCUCCGCAGAAGAAUUGUCUGACAUGGUUCCAGAAGUACGAGAAGCAUGGAAUUUUUAUCUACGACCCAAGCUGCCAGCAUAUACUAGCGCAACGUGGAAAAUCGCAGCCAUAUGAGCAGGAACAAGAACGUUGCAAAGCUGGAGUUCAUUGACUCUCUCGUGUAGUCACGAGAGAGUCGCUGCCAGGAAACUACUCACAUAUGCAACUGUAAAAAAUGCAAAAACACAGGUGAAUUUGGGAAACAUGAAAGGACGUUUAUAUAUGUGCUUUGAGAGGCAAGAAAUAUAAAUAUUUGUAUACGGGACGGCAAAAAUCUUUUUUUAUAAUGAAGAGCCUCGCUCUCUUCCCUCUGUACGAAGC